UAAUAAUUGUGGCUUGUGCCUGUCAAAACAUGCCUGUGCAGUGCAUCAUUCGACCUGCGCUGCGCUACAUGCCCUCGCCAUCCCACUAUAAUUCGUACCACCGUAAUCUUGUCUUUACGACUUUCAGGCAUCCUCUUCUCGACUUGGUGAUAUCACCGCAACUUUGACUUCUACCUUCAUCAGCACAAGAACCUCAGGUCUUCUGCUGCGUCUCGACUCGAUAGCAUCGACCCCUCUACGCCAAGCUGACACGAAGCCUUGCAAUCCCGGUCGACGUCAUAUCAACAUAUCCCACUGCCACAUCUUCCCCCUCGACGGACACUUUUAGCUGAACAAGAUUGAUACCUGGUGAGAGUGGGGGUGCGACAAGAUGAAGCAUUCCAUAGGAGCUCUGCGGCAUCGCAGUGAGUCCAAGGGUAGUCGCUCUUCGUCCGAGGACAUCCGCGAUGCCGACAACGAGGACACCACUGUCGUCGAGCCGGAACAGGGGAAUGUCCUUUCACAUAUCAUCUCCCAAUUGCGCCCAGGCGCCGACCUGUCUCGAGUCACUCUUCCUACGUUCAUUCUCGAGGAAAGAUCUAUGUUGGAACGGAUAACAAACUUCAUGGCUCAUCCUGAGACUCUCCUAGCCAUGCCUGACAUUGACGACCCGAUUGAACGCUUUGUCGCAGUUGUCAAGUUCUACCUAAGUGGCUGGCACAUCAAACCUCCCGGCGUCAAGAAACCAUUGAAUCCCAUUUUGGGAGAAAUCUUCACAUGCUAUUGGGACUAUCCAGACAACACCCGAGGUUACUACAUCUCUGAGCAGACUUCACACCAUCCUCCAAAAUCGUCCUACUUCUUUAUGGCUCCGGAACACCACAUUCGGGUUGAUGGCACUCUAAAGCCCCGAAGCAAGUUCUUGGGAAACUCGGCUGCCAGUUUGAUGGAGGGUAUUUCCUAUCUCAGAUUCACAAACAGAGGGAAAUCAAGAGGUGGUGAGAAAUACAUUCUAACACAGCCCAACAUGUAUGCUCGAGGCAUCCUGUUCGGCAAGAUGAAGUACGAACUAGGUGAUCAUUCUGUCGUCCGUUGCCCUGAAAACCAUUUGACGGCCGAUAUCGAGUUCAAGACCAAAGGCUGGGUUAGUGGGACUUACAAUGCCAUUGGAGGAGCCAUCAAAAACGACAAGACCGGAGAAGUACUUUAUGAGCUAUCUGGACUGUGGUCUGGUGAAAUGUAUAUCAAGGACGUCAAAACAGGCCAAAAGAAGAUGUUUUUCGACGCUACCCAUGCCAAACAUACUCCUCCCAAAGCACGACCGAUUGAAGAACAAGACGAACGUGAAUCUCAGAGACUGUGGCUGCCUACGGUAAAGGCUGUUCAUGCUGUGGAUCACGACACUGCCACAACCGAAAAGGCAAAGAUUGAAGACCGACAGAGAGAGGAAGCCAAGCGAAGAGAGGAAAAGGGCAUCGACUGGCAGCCGAAACUCUUCCGAAGGGUGCAAGCUGAGGAAGGUGAAGAGGAUCUUGAAUGGAUCAUAAAUGCGCAUCUGGACACGAACGAUCCCAAAGAGCUUACGGAGAAGAUUCUUGCGAUAUACCCCAUUGUGCCUGGACAAAAGCCAAGCCCUGAACAGCAAGCGUCCAUGCCCAGUCAUACUCAACAACAGACUCCUCAGCAGUCUGGUCAACAUGCUCCCCAACCUGCAUCCCAACCUGCAGCUCCGCCCGCUCGACAACAGGCUCAGCAGCCUCCUAUGCAGCAGCCUCCUAGACAGCAAGCAAAACUGAUUGACUUCGACUCGAGACCAUCAAGCACUGCUCCACCCGAGCCAGCCGGGAAUGUCAAUCCAGGACCUGCACAGCCAGCGCAGCCGACGUCUUAUUCCCAGCAAGUUCCCUUGAGUCAAAGCGCGACAGUCAAUCCGCCAAGAGGAUCGAGUUUGAUGGACGAUGACCUUUCGCACGAUAUGUCAAAGAUGAACAUGCAUGCAAGCAUGGUGCCUCAGGGAACGAAACCACUCAAGAGGGCUGACACAGAUAGCAACGAGGUGGACACAUUUGUAGAUGCAGCUGAAGAUUGAGGGCCAACAAGCCUGUAUACGCAAGACUCUCUCACUUGUGGUCUAUGAUAAAACGAAGUAUGGGUACCUCUGGGAUGUCCUCUUUGGGGCCUUUCCAGGCUAAUUGGCUUUUGUUGUGAGGAAGGUCAGCAGAAGAAAAGGGCGUCGAGAUGAAUAGGCUGCUUGAAAGAUAUCCAUGCAUUUCAACAUGUAAACCACAAUAGACCACUUCCUAAUGGACCUCUUAGCCAUGGUAGCGAAAUGUAUGCCUCAGAAUGUACUCGUGAACAGAUGUCAGCCAGCUAGACCAAAUCGAGGUUAAACCUCAACGGCGCGGCUGGUGAAUGGCCC